AUUAAGUCUCCGAUUCGAUUUGCCUAAACCACAGCAGAGAUACUGAUCGGCUCUUCAAUUUUCAGAGUGAUUGAAAAUGGGUUACACCAAAGAGCAAUUGCUAGCUUGCUUACAGGAGCUUCAAAUAGAUUUUGCCCAAUAUGAGCAUCCUGUCGUUUUGACAGUUGAAGCUCAGGCAAAGUAUGUCGGGCACAUGAAAGGUGCAUUGAGUAAAAAUUUAUUCUUAAAGGAUAAGAAACACAGAUUUUAUAUUGUUUCUGCUCUGGCGGAUAUGAAGGUGGAUUUGAAAGUUUUGUCUCAGAGGCUUGGUCUGGGAAAAGGAGGUUUAAGAAUGGCUCCAGAAGAAGCACUUGGAGAAGUUCUUCAGGUUCCUCCGGGUUGCGUUACUCCAUUUGCACUUGUAAAUGACUCAGCAUGGCAUGUUUGUUUGUUGUUAGAUCAAAGAUUCAAAUCUCAAGAAUGUUGUUUCUUCCAUCCAUUGUCUAAUGACACGUCUGUUGCUAUUAAUUCCCAUGAUCUUGACAAGUUUCUGAAUUCAAUAGGAAAAAACCCAGCGUACAUUGACCUGGAGGCAAACCCUCCAGUAGGGAAGGAUCUACUUCCUGAUUUGGCUGGUCUUAUUCCAUCAGAUGCUGUAGUCUUGCCUGACCCUCCAGAAAAAAGGGCAUCUUCUCAAGGUCCCAAUGAGAAUCUUAUCUCAGUCAGUAACAAACCAACAGCCACUGUAGCAAAAGCAGAUAAACCAUCCAAUGCUUGCCGAAAGGAGAAAUCAAGCAGUGCCGUGAACGUGUCAAGCUCCUUUGGUGACCCUGAAAAACUUGUUGAAGAAAUUUUGGAGAAGACGACAUCCAUAGUUCUUUCUGAGAUCAAAGAGGAGAACAUGGAGAAAUAUCGGGAACAAUUGGGUACCAUGGUAUCAAACAGUAUUAGAAAACAGCUUUCUGGGGAGUUGAAGAGCAUACUCUCGAUGUUCAAGAACACAUCAUAUACAGAAGGCUUCUAUGCAGGGACUCGACAUCAGCCCAAAAGAAUGUGAAACUAUCAGCAUUGAUUGUGACAGAUAUAUGAACACCGAGAGAGAAUUGUUUAUUCGACCUUGUGAAUUACGUCUAAAAUUGAUUUACACUUAUUUUUGUUUGAAAUUAGUAACACUUUAUGAUGAAUUCUUAACAGUUCUUGUUGAUUUAACUCUAUGGUACCUGCCUUUGUAAUUCUUGUCCGAUACAUGACAGUUCUAAAUUGACUGCAGUUUUUGUGGA